GCGCGCGACCGCGAAGCCUGCUGAUGGCCGUAAUUUUAGAAUGGGUCAGAGGACAGUUGUAGUUACAGUACUAGUCUCGGGGUCAUACCAUGAUGGCCGCAUCGUGGCGCCCCAGCCAUUACUACGGCGAUGCCCUUAUAUCUCCACUGCGAGCUGUGCUUCAAUUAUGUGACAGGUCCACCCUCCCGCACUGCAAUGUGCUGGCCAAUUAAUACUUAAACGCCUUGUGGGGUAUAGAGAUUACAGUUAACAAUGUCUUCCUCAACGCAGGACCUCAUCUCACAACUUCACAUCGGGAAGACAUUCGGGGCGCUUUUUAUUGGGGUUACCAUUGCAGCAGUUCUCUUUGGUCUAAGCAGCGUUCAAGCUUUCGUCUACUUUCAGACGCAUAGGGAUACGGGGACAACAUUCUAUAAGUUGGCUGUCAUCUGUCUCUGGAUACUCGAUGCUCUGCACCUGGUCUUCAUUGUUCACUGUGUCUAUUAUUAUCUAGUGAUCAACUAUGCAAACAUCGGUGCGCUCAUGGAUGUUGUAUGGAGUUUCAAGCUUCAGAUACUACUAGAGAUUUUAAUCAUUCAAGGGGUACAUUUCCUGUAUCUUUAUCGCGUAUGGAUAGUCAACAAAGGCCGAUCAAGAAUUCUCCCUUUCACAGUAGGCAUAAUCAUAAUAUCAAACUCAGGUGUUGCCAUCGCCCUUAUUUGGGCCUUAUAUCAGUGCCGCAUGUUCUCGGAUUUGGUUAAAAUGGAGUGGACGACAUUCUUGACUUUGGGGUCGAUAACUUUUGCCGAUUUCAUUAUCGCAUCAUCACUAUGCUACCUCCUGGCUACCUCCCGUACUGGAUUCUCAAGCACCGAUUCCUUGAUAACGAAGCUCAUGGCAUACAUCAUUAAUACCGGCUGUCUGACGAGCAUGUGUUCAAUGGCAGCUAUAAUUACAUGCGCAGUCAUGCCGACCAACUUUAUCUUCGUUGCUAUUGAAUUUCUAUUGGCUAAAUUAUAUGUCAACUCGUUCAUUGCACUCUUGAAUGCACGAUACUACACGCAGGUUAACACAGACACUAAAAAGUCUCACCCAUUUCACAAUCGCCAUGGAGGAUACCACCCAGAGCUGCACGUUAGGGCGUUGGACGACGAGGAACUCCAGACAUCUCGGAAGGACGUGUUUAAACAUCCUGACGAUGAAGCUGUGCAUCCUUCUCGAUCUGUCAAGCGGCCGCCGAUGGCGGUGACAACGGAGAUGAAUUCUUUCUUAUCUGUGUGAUGGAUGAGCAUGCAUGUGGUAUUGUCUAUCCGUCUUCUCGCGAGAUAGGAGUCAUAGGACAUCAAUAUUGCAAGCUCUUAUCAAAUGAUACACAGCGGCGGAACGAGAGGGAUCUAGUCCACUAUAUCAGGAUUUGUAGGUUGAAAACAUCACUACCAGCUUAGAAUUAUAUCUAUUAGGACAUUCGAGAUGUCCUACGUAGAAAGAAUUGAU